AUGGGAUUAGAGGUUUCUAGUUUCCAUUUUGUAUGUUCAUCCCUUAUAAUAAUUGAUAAUUGUUCUUCUUCUUCUUUGGUGCUCAAUCUAAAAUUAUCACCUACAUAUCACAAACUUGAAAUUCGUCAUUUCUUGCCGUAUGGGACCCCCCCCCCUCCUCCUCCCCCUCUCUCUAUUAAACAUAGGGGGUGCAAACGAAAGCUUUUCAUUUACUCUUGUUAUUGUUCUCGAUUGAUAUAUUAUUUUCAUUGA